AAAACGUGCUUUGUCUUGCGACAGUGUGAUAUCUGCAGGAGGAUUGUAGUAUCGUUGGGUAUUGGUCUGUUAUCGAUUGUAAGUCUCCCUUGCCGGAGGUGACAUCUAGUUAGUAAGACUAAAACUCUACACUGACUACUGUUUGUAAACAAGUGUACUGUAAACAGAAAGCAUUAUGUCGCGUGAUUGCAAGUAUUGUGGCAAUAAUAUUGUCACAGACAGUAUUAAGUGUCCAAAGUGUACUGCAUUAUAUCAUCCUGGAUGUAUAAAACAGACUAAGGUUCUACCAGAUGGUGGUUACCAAAAAUGUUGUGGCGUAAAAGUUACAUCCUCAUUGUCGGACCUUCGUGCGUUAAUCAGAGAGGAAAUUGCGGGUUUGACAACUGAAAUCAAGAAGGAUAUUAGUGAUCAAUUGAAACUGGUGGUCGAUGGUGUUGAAUCUCUCGCUGAAAAAGUUAACAGAAAUAACGAGUUACUUAAGAAUAGAAUUGAAGCUGUUGAGGAUGUCAAUAAAGUCCUUGUAACAAAUGUUGCGUCACUUGAAACUCAGGUUAAGAGUAAUGCUGACACUAUUGUAAAGAUCAAGAACCAAAUGGCAACGUCUGGUGGAGGAAAUGACUCAGCGAUCCUUGAGGAAGUUUAAGAAAGACUUGUGAGGCGCAAUAAUGUGAUAUUGUUUGGGGUACCUGAAUCAGCUGACUCCAGUAAGCAGGGCAGGGAAGACCAUGACUUUGCACUAGUAAGGAAAAUAUGCUCGGCCUUUGAGGUUGAUUCUGCAUCUGCAUCACAAUUCAGAAUCGGUAAAUAGUCACCUGCUCUAAUUAAACCGAGACCAAUUAAGCUUUCGUUUGAUAAUGCUACUUUCGCUGAAUUAUUGAUGCAGAGAUUGGCCAGGCUGAAGAGGUCCAAACAGCUUCCUUCAGAGCUGCUGAACGUAGCGCUAGCCAAAGACAGGACCAUAUUGCAGCGGAGGUAGCAGAAGGAGACCUGGUCAGAGUUUCAACGUCGCAAACAGAAUGGAGAAGCGAAUCUAAGGAUAGUGACCACGAAUGGGUCGACUUCCAUUGUCAGGACACCAGCUCAUCGCUCAACUCCGGAGAUAGAGAUCGGCAAUCGAUCUUAAAUGCAUCUUAUUUGCAGCAUAGUAUCUAUUAUCAAAAUGUGCGAGGAAUUAAAUCCAUACUUAAAACUGUAAUGUAUGAAACAGCCAAUAGGGACUUUGAUAUAUACGUAUUUACUGAAACUUGGCUACAUGAUAGUAUUUAUAACUCGGAACUUUUUGAUACUAAUCUAUUUUUUUGUUUUAGAUGUGACAGACGUGAAGCUUUCAG